AGCGUUACACGCGUACCUGAGUCUGCUCCUUUGUCGCCAAUCACCCCGCGACAGCUCGUACAACCGCAUUCCUCUACCACACCCCAGGCCGCGCCUGCCCCGACAAGCUCCUCGCGCGCCGCCCACGAGCUCUCACCAUGGCCGUCUCCAUGCUGCACGCCCCCUCGCGGGCCUCGACGUCGUCCUCGUCCUCCUUCAUACCCGUCUCGCGCCAGAACACAAUGUCGUCGCAUGAUGGCUCGCGCUCGGUGCGCCAGUCGAAGCGCUACUCGGUCACUGCACUGUAUCUGUCCAUGUCUGCAAAGGACAAAGACUUGGAGAUCGAGGACGACUUGGCCAAAGCCCAGAAGAUAUUGCGGGAACUCAAGUCCAAGAUCUCGUCGCAGUCGAAGAAGAACUUCGUCCUCGAGAAAGACGUGCGCUAUCUGGAUUCACGGAUAGCACUGCUCAUUCAGAACCGUAUGGCUUUGGAAGAGCAAAACGAAGUCGCGAACCACCUGGAUGACGCUACCGAGCUGCAAGAGGGUUUCUUCCCGAACGACCAGAAGACACAGCAGUACGGAAACUUGCUAUUCUUGCUCCAGUCCGAGCCCAGACACAUCGCGCAUCUGUGCCGUCUCGUUUCCAUGGCCGAGAUCGAUGCGCUACUCCAGACAGUCAUGUUCACGAUUUACGGCAACCAAUACGAGAGCCGUGAAGAACAUCUGCUACUUACAAUGUUCCAGUCUGUCCUGACGUAUCAGUUUGACAACACACCCGAUUACAGCUCGCUUCUCCGUGCCAACACUCCCGUUUCUCGCAUGAUGACUACCUACACCCGACGAGGCCCCGGUCAAAGUUACCUAAAAGUCGUCCUGCAGGACAGCAUCAACUCACUGAUCGAGCUUAAGGAUCUCGAUUUGGAAAUUAACCCCCUCAAGGUGUACGAGAAGAUGGUAACCGAAAUCGAGGACCAGCAGGGUACUCUUCCUCCGAACCUGCCCAAGGGUGUUACUGCUGAACAGGCGGCGGAGAACGAGACCGUUCAGCAAAUCAUCGCUCCCCGUUUGACGAUGCUAAUGGAGAUUGCCAACAACUUCCUGACCACCAUCAUCAACGGACUGGAAGAGACACCUUACGGUAUCCGAUGGAUAUGCAAACAGAUUCGAAGUCUAUCGAAGCGAAAGUACCCAGAUGCGCAGGAUCAGACCAUUUGCACGCUUAUUGGCGGCUUCUUCUUUCUUCGGUUCAUCAACCCGGCCAUCGUAACUCCGCGGUCAUACAUGCUCAUCGAUGCUACCCCAGCGGAGAACCCUAAGAGGACACUGACGUACAUUGCAAAGAUGCUCCAGAACCUGGCCAACAAGCCUUCAUAUGCAAAGGAGCCAUACAUGGUGAAGCUCCAGCCCUUUAUUCAGCUCAACAAGGAACGCAUCAACAAGUUCCUGCUUGACCUGUGUGAAGUCCAAGAUUUCUACGACACUCUGGAAAUGGACAACUAUGUGGCGCUUUCCAAGAGAGAUCUUGAGCUUUCCAUCACUUUGAACGAAGUCUAUGCCACACACUCCCUGCUAGAGCGACAUGCCGGGGAACUGUCCAAAGACGACAGCUCGCAUCUUGGUGUCAUUCUGGGAGAGCUUGGGCCUGCUCCUGCGCAGCUCCCCCGCAAGGAGAACCGAGCGAUUAACCUUCCUUUGUUCAGCAAGUGGGAAACGCCCAUUGACGAUCUGACUGCUGCUCUUGACAUUACACAAGAAGAAAUCUUCUUCAUGGAAGCCAAGUCGACCUUCGUGAUGAUCCUAAGGUCAUUGCCACCAAACAGCUCCAUCACCCGGAGACCACUACGACUUGAUCGCAUUGCCGAAGCGGCGGCCACCACAAAGAAUGACUCGGUCAUGGUAAAGAAGGGUAUUCGCAGCAUGGAGCUGCUGAGCCAGCUACAGGAGCUUGGAGUCGUUGACAAAGAAGAUGGCUUCUCCCUACUUCGCGAUGAGGUUGAACAGGAACUCGUGCACCUUGGCUCCAUGAAGGAGAAGGUUAUCGAGGAAACCCGGAAGCUUGAGGAAGUGUUCCGCACCAUUCGCGAUCACAACGCCUAUCUCGUCGGCCAGCUCGAGACAUAUAAGUCGUACCUCCACAACGUCCGCAGUCAGUCCGAAGGCAAGACCAGGAAACAGCAGAAGCACCAAGUACUGGGACCAUACAAAUUUACCCACCAGCAGCUUGAGAAGGAAGGAGUCAUUCAAAAGAGCAAUGUGCCUGAGAAUAGGAGAGCUAACAUCUACUUCAACUUCACCAGUCCAUUGCCGGGGACCUUCGUCAUCUCCCUCCACUACAAGGGCCGCAACCGUGGCCUGCUCGAGCUGGACCUGAAGCUGGACGAUCUGCUGGAGAUGCAAAAAGACAACCAGGAAGAUCUUGAUCUCGAGUAUGUCCAGUUCAACGUCUCCAAGGUGCUCGUGCUCUUGAACAAGCGAUUCGCUCGCAAGAAGGGCUGGUAGAAUCACUCCCUUAACCCUGCGACGACGCUAUGAUACACCAUUUCCUCCAGCUCCGUGCCUUUUCGAUGUCAUAUAUGACGCACGUAAUUCUCCGACUUUCACAACCAUGAACGUAACACAUCUGGGAGCCAAGGAGUCCGGAG